AUGUCGAAAUUACAUUCGAAUGCUAGGGCCCAUUCUCUAGCCGAUACCAAACGAAUCGUGUCCAAGGCAUUCCAUGGCAUGCCAUUUGACGACAUUUUUGAAGAGUUUAUCGAGACUCCUUUGGGAGUAGGAGCCAUGGCCCAAGUGUACAAAGCUAAACUCUCGCCACAAAUAAUAGCCAAUCAACAAGAAAAUCGAUUAAAUGUCGAUAUAUUAAAUGGCAAGCAUCGUCAUGUACCAAAGUUUAUCCAGGAGAACCUAGAGAAAUUACAACCCAAGGAUAUUACUCCACCAUCGGACUGGGUUGUCAUUAAAGUAUUACAUCCAAAAGUAGAGCAGAAAGUAGAGCGGGAUCUCAAGAUCAUGCGGUUCUUUGCCAAUGUUAUAGAUAUUAUCCCUACUAUGGAAUGGCUGUCAUUGCCGGCAGAAGUGGAUCAAUUCGCACUCAUGAUGCGGUUUCAAUUGAAUCUGCGGCUCGAGGCUGAGAAUUUGUUAAUAUUCAGACAGAAUUUCGCUGAUAGAAAGGACAUUCUGUUUCCAAAACCAUAUAUCAACUUCAGCACCAGUAAAGUGUUGGUUGAAGAGUAUAUUAGUGGUAUACCCAUGACCAAACUCAUGCAGAGAUCGAAUGGUAGCGGAAAUAUCGAAAAGGAAAUUUCCAACAAGGGCCUGGAUGCGUUUUUGAAAAUGCUUUUAGUGGACAACUUCAUCCAUGCCGAUUUGCACCCGGGAAAUAUUUAUGUCAAGUUCUAUAAAAAGGGCAAACUCAAUCUGUUAGCUACUCAAGACACUGUAACGAGCCAAGAAGUCGAGCAAGCUACCCAACGACUUAUGUCUUUAGUCGAUGAUGGAGAUAAAUUCCGCCAGGAGCUCGACACUCUCUAUGAAGAGGGAUACAGACCCCAGGUAUGUUUCAUCGAUGCCGGUCUUGUAACCGAGUUGAACCAGGUCAAUAGAAGGAAUUUUAUCGAUCUGUUUAAAGCCAUUGCUGCUUUUGAUGGAUACCGAGUAGGCGAGCUGAUGGUUGAACGGUCGCGAACGCCCGAAUCGACGGUUGAUAGCGAGAUCUUCUACCUCAAAGUGCAACGGCUGGUGCGUCAUAUCAAGGAGCGAACGUUCGCGUUAGGAAGUGUUAAACUUGGCGAUUUACUGGGUCAGAUGCUGGGCAUGGUUCGCGAGCACCACGUGCGUAUGGAAGGUGACUUCGUAACCGUAGUGCUAUCGAUCCUGCUGCUAGAAGGUAUCGGGCGACAGCUGGACCCCGACAUCGACCUGUUCAAAUCGGCCAUCCCCAUUCUCCGGCAGAUCAGCCCGGCCAAAAACCAGGAUCUCAAGGUGCUCAGCGACGACUCCUUGUCCAUGAUCAAGGUAUGGCUGGCCCUCGAAGUGCGUCAAUUCAUCAACGCGUCUGUCCAGGACAUCCACAACCUGGUCCGCUACGACCGGCUCUGCCACAAUGAAUAG